AUGGAUUUCUCUAGCUCCCUGCCUCCCUCACCUUCUCCAUUAUACACCUCCCCCUUCAUCCCCAACUCCUCCUUCCCCUCCGCCUCUCCAUACAUCUCUCCUUCCCCCAGCCUGGCCUCAACCGCUCUCUUCUGCUCCCUCCUGUCCCUCCUGGCUCUCCUGGGCAUUGGGGGGAACCUCUACACCAUGGGUCUCCUCAUCAGACGCAGGAGAGGCAGAAGGAGGCGAGGAUGUUCUAGCAACUGUUUAGGAGGGAGAGGAGUGCUGAGUCUAGCUCUGGCGGACCUCCUCUACCUCUUCACGGCUCCCUUCAUCGUGUACGACAGCCUGGCGGCUGACUGGGCAUUUGGGGAGCUGGGCUGUCGCCUCCUCUUCAGCCUGGACCUGAUCACCCUGCAUGCCUCUAUCUACACCCUCACCGCCAUGAGUCUGGACCGCUAUCGGGCUGUGGCCAACCCCCUGGCCACCUCGUCCUCCCCCUCCUCUGGGCUGCUCCGUGUGGGCCUAGCCUGGGGCCUGGCGGUGGCCCUCAGCCUGCCCAUGAUGAUCACCCUCCACCUGGAGGACGGAGACGACGGACAGCUGUGUGUCCCUGCCUGGGACGAGCAGAGCUCCAAAGUGUAUAUGAGCGUGCUGUUCUGUACCAGUAUGAUAGGGCCGGGGCUGGCCAUCGGGGCGCUGUAUGCUACUCUGGGCCGUCUCUACUGGGUGUCCCAGACCCGGCCCUGGGCCAGUGGUAGUGGGGGUAGCACGUCCUACCCUCCGCGGGCCCCAAGGCCCAAGGUCCUGCUCCUCAUCCUGGGGAUAGUUCUGGCCUUCUGGGCCUGUUUCUUGCCCUUCUGGGUGUGGCAGCUGCUGCCGCUAUACCGGCCCGACAUGCUGCGGACAGUACCGGUGGGUACCCAGGUGACGGUGAACCGGAUCCUAACGGGGCUGACGUACGGGAACUCUUGCGUGAACCCAUUCUUCUACACGCUGCUCACAGGGGGGAAACGACGGAGGAACAGGCAGACACCGACAUCAGCGAAUCAGCUCUGCCGCAAGAGCAGUCCGCAGUAG